AUGAAGGUCCUCGCUUCCGUCCUCGCCAUCACCAUGGCCGUCGCCAGCGUCAACGCCGUCGCCAUUGAGCCCAUGGCCGACCUCGAAGCGCGCUGCCUCGCCAACGGAAAAAGGUGCAAGGCCAACGGCUCCAUGGGCACCUGCUGCAGCGGUUUCUGCCUCGCUCAGGGCAACAAUGUCGGCAAGUGCGCGAAGAAGUCCUUUGCAGUCGCCGAUGAAGAGGCCAUUGCCGAUAUCGAGGCUCGCUGCCUCGGCAACGGAAAAAAGUGCAAGGCCAACGGCUCCAUGGGCACCUGCUGCAGUGGUUUCUGCCUCGCUCAGGGCAACAAGGUUGGUGUGUGCAAGAAGAAAUAA